AUGGCGGGGAAGGGGAGGCAGCUCUACGGGAGGGGUGCGCCGCGUAAAACGCCGUCGUCUACGGUGGUCCUCUAUGGGCUAAUAAUGUUGUCGCUGCUGAUUGUGAUCCUCUUGUCACUUGGUAUUCUCUCCAUUUCCGGCAACAAGAGCUCAACGAAUUCUCCUAGGGCGCAUGACCUCAGCUUUAUCGCGCACAAUUCAGUGUACUCAAAUCAUGAAGAUGAAGAAAGAAAGGAUCAAUGGGUCGAAGUUAUUUCCUGGGAACCCAGAGCCUUCGUUUUUCAUAAUUUUUUGUCCAAAGAGGAAUGUGAAUAUCUUAUUAGCAUUGCUGAGCCGCAUAUGGAAAAGUCAACUGUCGUUGAUAGCGACACUGGAAAGAGUAAAGAUAGCAGAGUACGUACUAGUUCUGGAACAUUUCUUGCAAGAGGGCGUGACAAGAUUGUUCAGAGAAUAGAGAAACGAAUUGCAGAUUUCACCUUCAUUCCUGUAGAACAUGGUGAAGGCCUUCAAAUUCUUCAUUAUGAAGUAGGGCAAAAAUAUGAGCCUCACUACGACUACUUUCAGGAUGAGUUCAAUACUCAAAAUGGUGGUCAACGCAUUGCCACUGUUCUUAUGUAUUUGUCAGAUGUUGAAGAAGGUGGUGAGACGGUGUUUCCAGCAGCAAAAGGAAAUUUUAGUUCUGUGCCAUGGUGGGAUGAGCUAUCUGAAUGUGGCAAAGGGGGACUUUCGGUCAAACCAAAAAUGGGCGAUGCAUUACUUUUUUGGAGCAUGAAGCCUGAUGCAACUUUGGAUCCAUCAAGUUUACAUGGUGGUUGUCCUGUUAUAAAAGGGAACAAAUGGUCAUCUACGAAAUGGAUGCGUAUCCACGAGUACAAGGCGUAA